AUGUCCUCUAACGAAUCCCUCUACCUCUCCUCUGUUGACAACACCCUUGUCGACGAACAAACGCCGACCCCUGACUACUCCCCCACGGUGGAGGAAACUCGCAUGCUCAGCAUGAGAGAGCAGGAAGAUCAAAUGGAGGAAGUAGAGAGGAGGUAUCAAGCUCUAGUCGACGCUAACGCAGCAGAAGAAGCAGCCGCGGCACAAACCCCUGGGUCCCCCGUACUCAACGUCAUAGACAUAUCCACAUCCCCUUCAUCCUCCCCCUCACCACCCCCUUUGAUCCGUGAAGCUAACGAAGGCGUUGUCUUCCCGGAUAGGGAAACCUACCUCACAACCCCCGUCGUGUAUAUGAUGGGACUUAUCGAAGGGACACCCAACCCAGAGUUUGUGUCAGGGCCGACUAGACCGGAGAUUCAGAGGGCGUUGGAGAUCUUGGAAGAGGAGAGAAGUUUUGUUCGACACGCACAGCGAGCCUUGCAGAUCCGAAAAGGCACGAUCAUUGCCCGUAUCAAUGCUAGAGAGCGAAAACUCAUGGGCUUGCAAACCCUUCAAGACUCCUUUCACCCUGCUGACGACCCUACUCCCUCCACCGAAUAUCAUAUGCCUACCACGGCUGUGGUAUCUCGUGCCUCGUCUUCGGCCUCAAAUGGCGCUCCGCUUCGCACAAUGCUGGGAACUUACCCCACGAGAACUGACAGGGAACGAGAUGUAUAUCGGUUCGCACAAGUCUCCCCCCGCUAUCACAUCAUCCCCGCGCGUCUCGGUCUUAUCCGCUCUUCAACGCGAACCCGACCUCCCCUCCCUUUCACUGAACACGACUCUAGCGAGUCCGACACCGCGCCCGUUGUACUCCGCCCUCGUGGAGCUUAG